AUGGAAAAAACUGACAUUUCAAUUGAAAAUGAAGAGCAAGUACCGGUAGAAUCAAAAAAGGUCGUUGAUGAAAUAACUGAUGAUGUACCAAAAAAGAUUGAAGAACCGAAUGAUGAAAUAAAAAUUAUAGAAAAUAAAAAUGAAGAUGAAGUUGUACCAUCAACAACACCGAAACAAACUGAAGAACAAGAAAAUGUUACUGAAAUAAAUACGAAUAUACCAGCAUGUGUUUCACCUGGUCGUGUUAAUGUACCAUUUAAAGAAGUCAAUGAAAGUGAAAAAGAAGAAAAUACAACUCCGGUUAAUGGUACAGACAAUAUGAAUAAUAAUAAAAAACGUGAACUUGAUAAUGAAGAUGAUCAAAUUCAAGAAAAAGUUCACAAUAAUGAUGAUCAAACAAAAAAAAUUAAAAUAAGUGAAGCAACAGAAAAUGCAACUGUUGAAAUAAAAGAUUCAGAAAAUAAUCUUGCUGUUAAUGGCACUACUGCUACUGAAAUUGAAUCAAAGUGA